UCGCCGUUCGUUCAGCGCCAUGUCAACGCAAUAGGGCAAUUUGACAGAUGACAUUUCUCGCCAAAACAAAUAUUGUCUUGGGGCAGGGAAAAUUGUUUGUGAUUUCGUAUACUACCUACGAUAGAUGUACCUAGUUGCUAGAAUGUUAAGAUUUUAAAGUACGAUUGUGAAAUUAAUUGUGUUCCAUUGUGUUCGAACUGCAGCGCAUCCCAAACCUCGUAAUGGCGUUAGCGAAAGAGGAAAAAUAUCCCAUUGCCAGAGGGCAAAGCGCCCCUUUAGAGCAGCAAUGUGAUGUAUGUCUUCGGAAGGAAAGUGCUUGUUUCGGCAAAUCGGAUCCCAUAUUCGAAGGAAAAAAUGUCUUAGCCAUCGUCGUACAGCAUCUGGACUUAAAAAUCACACUGACGCGCGUUUGUCAGCAUUGCUGGAGCAAAUUGGAAGCGUUUGAUGAGUUUUAUAGAAUGGUUAACGAGCAGCAUCACUUUCACAAGCCUCUUAAAAUCGACCCACCGGAUGAUGUGAUCGGGAUGGAGUUUGUAGAAAUUAAACAUGAACCUCUGGUUGAGGAAGAUAAAGAUUUGCUGGUAAAGGAAGAAAAGGAACCACUUCCGAACACUGAAUGUGACAAGCUAUUGCCUGAGCACUCCAUGUCAGUAGAUAACGACGAAGAGAAUCUAAAGAAUGAGAACACUAAUUACGCUUCAUCCGAUGAAAGCGAAGAUUCCUUCACACCACCAAAUCCGACUCGAAGCGCCGGAAAACCAACCGUCAAAAAGGAACCCAAGGUGGACACUGAGAUACUGGAUUUCUAUAAACGAUUGGUGUGCGAGGUGUGCGACGCAGAACGGAUGCUGGCCGGAGAACCUUCGAUCGAGUAUGGUAAUUUACGUGAGCUAAAUAAACAUAUGCGAAAGAUGCACGAUCAUGUGAUAGCAACCAGCAUCAAGUGUCCUAUGUGUGAUAAGAAGCUGCGCUACCGAGCAAAGUUGCUGGAACAUCGUGACAUGCAUUUGAAUCCGGAACAGUUUCGGUGUGUGGUGUGCCAGGAGGUACAUCAAAACAUGGCCGAACACAUGAAGAACAAGCAUCAGGAACGAACAUACUGCUGUGAGGAGUGUGGCAAGCGGUUCCCAUUUAAGGCUCGACUUACGGCACAUGUAAAGAAAAUGCACACAACCAAGGAUGUUGUCUGUGACCAGUGCCAGAAAAGCUUCAGCAAAUACACCAUCGAUGACCACAAACGAGCGGUACAUGAGUCAAAGUUUAUUUGCGAACAUUGUCCACGCACGUUCAAGUCGCGCUUCUCACUCGAACAACAUAUGGAGGAGCACGUGGAAGGGCUGCGCAAAUCGAUGGCCGCCACUUGCGACAAGUGUGGCGUUGUGUUGCGCGAUAAAUACACGCUGCAAUCGCACAUCAAGCGAAUGCACACGGAUCAUCCGCCGGUUAGUUGUGUAUCGUGCGGGAAGGUAUUCAAAUCAAAGCAUAAUCUCAACGCACAUCUGGCAAACGUAUGCACCGAGCGGAGCUUCCCCUGUCAUAUCUGUGGGAAGCAGUUUAAGAAAAAGAUUAAGCUAAAGGAACAUAUGACGACACACACAAAGAGUGCGCUGUAUCAGUGCCCAUACUGUCCGAAAACGUUCAGCUUCGAAACGCAACUGUACACGCACCGGAAGCAGAAACACUACGAGCAGUGGCUGGAGAUGCAGCGGAAACGCAAAGAGGGCUUUCGGUUUAAGGUCAAUCGUGUCUCCGACAUGCCUGCCAUGUGAAAGACGACCGAUGUGUAUGGCUGGCCACACACUGGUCUGGACGUCCCUGUUUUCAUCUAUCACUGCACUAGACGCCAACAGAUAUUUUCAAUCCUAUCCCGCACAAACAACCGGAAUAGCGACUAUCAUAUGCUGGCCGAAUAUUUCGCACUAUUCAUUCUGAUAGAAACAUAAACAAUGCAUAUGCGCAUAUGUCGAACGCAUAACUUCUGAGUCCUCUUUCAUUCCGUGCAUUAUGGGUACGGCCACCCGAAGAUUUGUGGAAUGAAAGAAGCUUAGUUAAU